AUGGCCCCGUCCAAUAAGACCACGUCGAAAGCUGUCCUGGAUACUUCACAGGCCUCGGACUUCAUUGCAAAAGAUCAAUACCAGGACUCCUGGGAUUCCGAAAUGAAGGCAGUCAAAGAACUGGAAGAUGUUUUCCAACAAACUUUCGGAUACAAGACAACGCAAAAAAUUCUGAAGCAAGAUUCAGAGCAACACCCUCAAGUUCAGAUAAACUUUUAUCCCGCCGAGUUCGUCCGUGAUUAUGACGACCUAGAUACCCUAUUUAUUGUGUACUAUGCCGGGCACGGGAAACUUGGGGAUGGAAGAAGUGGGUUGAAUCUGACUGGAGCGACGACUUUCCAGUCAGAUGAGGACAAAGAAAUACACGAGAUCAUCUGGAACUCUGCAGAAAACAACAUUCGGCAUACUCGCAGUGAUGUACUAGUCAUUUUCGAUUGCUGUAAUGCGGGCGAAAUGGCUCGUAAUGUUCGUGGUUCGGAUUUCACCCGCAGAGCAGAUGAUCAAUUUGAAGCCUGGAAAAAAGAUUCAGCACCACAGAACUGGCUGAUAGAAGGAGGUCCGAUUGGUAGCCUAAGGAAAAUUGUGCUUGCGCCUUUGGGUGAACCAUCGGCAAUAGGAGCCACUGAGAGAAGAAAUAGGGAUAAGAUGAAUGAGACAAAGGAUACUCUUAAAGUUCGGUUUAUCUUCAACAAGCAAAUCAACCAGAAACGAAUCAAACAUCUCUCGAAGGAACUGUCUAUUUUUUUCAAUCAAGGAGACUAUGGGGUAUCAACCGCUCUCUGGGAAGGCAUAACCCCCAGUCCAGAGAAACGACUGCGCGAUGUAGUCAACUAUUGGCAGAGUCACGCCAUGAGACGAAGUACGGCCCCGAUGUCAAGUUUAUAUCAUCAUAUAAUCUCACCCAUAUCACCUAUGGAACCCCCAGGAUUAUCGAUGUCGUCGUGCGAAGGAAGUGUUUCCGGUAUGACUGCCACGGACGACCGAGAACGUCCCAGUUUUGCACCGGAGAUUGGGCCAGAUGUUGGUGCGAUCAGCUCAAGAGACAAAGAUACUCAUGCCCCAAAGAAGAGAAAACGAGUGGAUGAGACGCUUUUUGAGCCGGAUUCUAUGAAUCCAACUAGUGGUCUACUUUUUGAACCACGUGAGAAGAGACUGAAAAGACACCAAUCUAGUAAUCGAAGAACACAUACAAAUUGA